AUGGCGUUCGGUACGGAGAGACACUGGAGUGCGUGGAAUUUUUUCAUCUGCUGGAUGGUCUCGCUAGGUCAGAUUGCUUUCGGCUAUCCAGCAUCCAUCAUUGGUGUCACACUGGCACAGCCGAGUUUCCUCGUCUACAUGGGCCUCUUGGAUAUAACGCAAGACCCACCAGCUCUGACGCCAGGGGCGGACCAAAAGAUCGGUGCCAUGUCAGGAGUCUUCCAGGCUGGCGCCGCAAUCAACGUCUUCAUCGCCGGCUGGGUAGCUGAUAGAUGGGGCCGCAAAGCUGCCCUUUACGAAUGCGGGUUUCUAUCCCUCCUCGGCGGUGCCCUACUCUGCGGUGCGAGAAAUGCUCCCAUGUUCAUCGUUGCCCGACUCUUUGCUGGGGGUGGGAGCUGGGGCUAUCUCGCAGUGACUCCAUUCUACUCGGCAGAACUAGCACCCCCUGGCCUCCGAGGUCUUAUGGUUGGCAUGAAUGGAGUCAACAUCGCUUUGGGCUACGGCUUGGCCUCUUAUAUGGGUCUUGCAUUUUACUUUGUCGACAACAGCCCGGACGCACAGUGGCGGGCUCCACUUGGGAUCGCUCUGAUAUGGCCUGUCAUGAUGUGCUUGGUCUGUCUUGUGAUUCCGGAAUCUCCAAGAUAUCUUCUCAUGAAGGGUCGGAUUGAGGAGGCAAGAAAGGUUGUCUUCAAACUGCACGCAAGGAAGGAUGACCCGGACAAUACAUUUGCUCGCAGUGAGUUUUAUCAGAUGACCAAGCAGGCCGAGAUGGACAGAGAACUGGAACCAGGCUGGCUGGAGAUGUUCCGUCGCCCCAGCUACCGAAGGAGAAGUUUCCUGGCCAUGGGAUUUGCGUUCAUCGGACAGUCCACUGGAGUUCUGGUACUAAACAACUACGGCCCGACAAUCUAUGCCUCUCUCGGCUUUGACACAUUGUACCAACUGAUCUUUCAGUGUGGUUGGAUCACAGUCGGCAUCUUAGGCAAUAUCAUUGGUGCUUUGAUCAUGGACUGGACGGGCCGAAGGCCUCUGAUGGUGAUUGGCGUCGCAGGAUGCUGCAUAUCUCUCAUCCUCGAAGCGGCAAUGGUCAGCUCGUUCGCCGAGGAAGGCACCAACAAAGCCGGUCUGCGCAUGGGAGUGGCCGCGGCUUACCUUUUCCUCCUGAUCUACAGCAUCGGCAUUGACGUGGCAGGAGUGGUCUUCUACUCAGAACUGUUCCCGAAUCAUCUACGAGCAAAGGGACUGGCCCUCAGCAUCGGAGUGAUUGCUCUAACGGAUCUGGUCUAUCUGCAAGUCUCGGCAACUGCAUUUGCCAAUAUCGGCUGGAAAUUCUACCUUGUCUUUAUCAUCAUCUCAGGCCUCGGGGCUAUCGUGGCAUGGUUCGUUCUCCCCGAGACGAAAAAUAUCCCGCUGGAAGAGAUGGCCAAACUUUUCGGCGAAGAUGUCGCAGUCUAUGCCCAGGACCUCCACUUCGAUGCCAAUACGCAUGAGCUUGUUGUUGAUGAGCACGGGAACAAUCAGAUUCGCAAGAUUGCAACCGAGGUGUAUGAGCCGGGUCAUGGCACUGCUGCCAGCGCAGAUGUAGAGAAGGCCGGGGCCUUACACGGACAUGCUGCUGAGCAGAUUGAAAAGGUCUAG